AUAAUGUUGAAAUGCCUGCCUUCAUGAGUGAGAUUAAUUAUGUCAUUCAACAUUGAAACCGUCUCUGAACAUGUUUUGCGUCAAUGUUAAAUGGAUAACGUUUUGGACCCCAAAUUUGUAAAAAUCCAAUAUAACGGCAAGCUUACUGCCAAAGAGAAAUCAGACCUGCAAUAAUGAACAACGUUUUCAAAUUACAACUCAAUAAAUUACGGACAUUUUCAUGUGUCUGCAAAAAUUAUGGAACUUUGCCUAGAGCAUUUGUAGAAGUAAAUGGUGGACGUGCAAUAUCCAAUGCUGUUCUGAAAAAGGAUUUGGCGAAACAUGAAGUUAACAAUAAUUAUGUUGUAUGUACGAGGGAAACACCAGAUACGCUACACUUCAAUGUUGAAGGUUUAGCAGAAGAUGUACAGGCAUUAUUUGCAGAGCGUGAACUAGAUGACAUCAAGCUAAAAGUUAAACACCAUGUGAUCAAAAAUAUCACUUUUAAUUUUAUACAUGAGAAUAUUUAUAGAUGUCAUCUAAACAUGCCGAUUAGACAACUGGGAUAUAACUCUUUCUUUCAAAGAUACAAUGAUGACAAAGGAUUAGCAGUGUUCUUUUUAAAAACUGAAAAAGAAGUGAAUGCGGAUGAAGUCCACAUCGGAGCAUACAACAAAGGGGCGUUUGCAAAACAAGCACAAGGACCUUCAAAAGAUGGCUUAUUAUAAACAUAUUAUUGAGAUCACCAAUGAUAAAUAUUUUUUACAAAAGAUUAACUGUUUUGAAAUGACACAUAUCUUGAAUAACUUAAGCUUUUGUUUUCGCGUGUUUAUGUCAUUUUUACUAUUGUUAAACGGUUUUAACAUAUAUUACGUUUAUACGUUAUGGAAAAAUGUUUAAUACUUUACGUGUAUAUAUGUUAGGGUAAAUAAGAAUAAUAAAAAUAAUUUAUCUCAGUUGUGAUUGAUAUAAUAGAAGAGCAGCAAACAAGUAUUAACGUCAUUAAUAUCUAUGUCGGAAAUAGAUAGAUAGAUACUUUUUAUUCCUCCAACAUUGAAGAACAAAACAUAUUUACAAAACCGAACAAUAAAAGAGCCUGGCAUAUGUACAAUAAAUUACAAAACAUAUUAUCUAAGCAAAUAUCAUUUGUUAUACAAUUCUUUCAGUUGGAAUAAAUAUAUGGAGAUAUGCUGAUAUCUACAUUUAUCUCAUAGGAUGACAUAAAAUGUAUAUAACAGGCUUAAUUUAUAUAAAAACCAGAUCGUAUUUGUAUUUACUCUGCAAAUACUGGAAGUUGACUAUCAAAUUAUAAAGUGUAUAGGAUACAAAAGAUAAAUUUAACUGCUUAUGUUAAGUUUGGAAAUACAUGUAUAUUGAUCUGUUUCUUCGGUUACUUCUGUCAAAAUUUUAUUCGAAACGAAAUAGCAAAAUGAUGACUUAGCCAAUCCUUGUUGACGCACUUCCGAAGAAACGGACACUUGUCAAUGCAAACAAAUAUAUUCAAUCUGCCAUUCGGUUGAACUAG